GUUUUGUCCAAAAUCAAUUGUCAUGUUCCAUAUCCAAAUAUAAAGUGCCAAAAGAUUCUUAUGUUCUCUUUCAAAUCACUUAACUCACCCGUGCUUAUUAACUUAAGCGCUUCACUCUCUUUUGUCUCAUUUUCUUGUUCAUCUUCUUCUGGAUACCAUCUUACCUACGGAUAUUGCAUAUGCAUGGUUGAGUUUUUUCAUGGAAAGUUGAAGGAAGUUUCAUAUAACCAAAAGGGUUGUUUUCUUUUAGCAGAAAAGAACUAAAGUUGUUAUCUUUUUUGUUUUUGAUUCUCUUAGAUUUUAGUUUGGAAGAAGAAAGUGAGGAUUUUGAAUAGAGAAAAAUGGACCCUUUUGGAAGAUAACAAAGAGGGGUUAACCAGAAAAAGAGAAAGAGAAGGGAAUCAUUGAAGGGUAAUAUGCCAACAGUGUGGUUUUCUCUGAAGAAGUCACUACAUUGCAAAUCAGAACCCUCAGAUGUACAUGAUCCAAAAACAAGGAAGCAUUUAAGCACAAUCUUGACAAAAAAAGGAGGAAGAUCAGGUUGUUCAAGGUCAAUAGCAAAUCUAAAAGAUGUUAUCCAUGGAAGCAAACGCCAUCUUGAGAAGCCACCAAGUUGCAGUCCAAGAUCUAUUGGUAGCAGUGAGUUUCUCAACCCAAUAACUCAUGAAGUCAUUUUGAGUAACUCAAGGUGUGAGCUUAAAAUCACUGGUUUUCAAGAAGGGGUUAAUGGUGGUGGUAACAAUGCUAGUGGAAGUAGUGGUGGUGGUUCUUCAACUUUUGUUGGUACUUUGAGACCUGGAACACCUGGACCUGGAGGACACCCUACAAUGCAUUACUUUAACCCUUCUUUUAGGACUUCUUCUACUCCUCCAAGGAAAUCUCCUUUUCUGUUAUCAGAAGGGUCUGGUUUUCAUGGUGGUGGUGGUGUUCAUUCUAGUAAUAGGAUGUCCCUUGAGACAGAUGCUAAUGGCUCCUCAACUGUUACUUGUCACAAAUGUGGAGAACAGUUUAGCAAAUGGGAAGCUGCUGAAACUCACCAUCUUUCCAAGCAUGCUGUUACUGAACUUGUGGAAGGAGAUUCAUCAAGGAAAAUAGUGGAGAUAAUAUGCAGGACAAGUUGGUUAAAGUCAGAAAACCACUGUGGUAGAAUUGAGAGAGUUUUGAAGGUGCACAACAUGCAAAAGACAUUAGCUAGAUUCGAAGAGUACAGAGAGAUGGUAAAAAUCAAAGCAAGCAAACUCCAGAAGAAACAUCCUAGGUGUUUAGCCGACGGAAACGAGCUUUUAAGGUUCUACGGAACCAGUGUUGCUUGUUCUCUUGGUCUCAAUGGUUCAUCUAGUCUUUGCCUAUCAGAAAAAUGCUGUGUUUGUAGAAUUAUCAGGAAUGGUUUUUCUGCUAAGAAGGAGCUGAAAGGUGGUAUAGGUGUUUUCACAACUUCCACAAGUGGAAGAGCUUUUGAGUCUAUAGAGAUUCUUGAUAAUGAACCAUCUCUAAGAAAGGCGUUGAUAGUAUGCAGAGUAAUCGCCGGCAGGGUUCAUAGGCCGCUCGAGAACAUUCAGGAAAUGGCAGCUCAAACUGGAUUUGAUUCAUUGGCUGGAAAAGUCGGUCUUUACUCAAAUAUCGAAGAGCUAUAUUUGCUUAAUCCUAGAGCUCUUCUUCCUUGUUUUGUGGUAAUUUGCAAACCAUGAACCCGAAAAAGAUCCGUGUCCUUGCACACGUUUGGACUCACGGUGAAUUUGACAGAAUCACUCUGUGCUACCAUAUAGUAUUUCAACAAAAUCACGGUAGCAUUGCAUUUUGUUUAACUCGCUUUACAUAUUUUGAAGAAUUUUUAUUCUUUUUUGUCAAGGUGUUUGUGCUUGUUCAUGUUAGUUGUAAUUUGUAUGAAUCUCCUAUUCAUACAUUUGUAUUUUUUUUUCAUCUUCUUAAUGACAGUGAAUAUUUUUACAUCUGAA